GAUAAGCAACGGACUGUCGGUCAGUCGUCAAACGAACGCUCUCAAGGUACAAUAAGAGUGAAAUUUGAAAAACCGAUUUUUAUCUUCAAGAAAAACAAACAAGAACAUUUGGUUUGAUCAAUUAUGAGACUAGAUUUUGCGUACAGUUGUGAUUGCAACCGAGUGGUUAUGGAUAUGUGUGGAUUUUGGCCGAAAUAUCAUGUGAAUUUUCUUCGGAAAUACUGGGCCCUUAUCACCGCUAGUGUGAUUUCCAUUGUUAUACUCAUACCACGAUUCGCUGCAAUGUUUUUAUUCUGGAACGAAAUUGAUGCUGUUCUCCAAUGCUUUUGGACUCAAUUAAUAUUUAUCACCAUGGUUUUUAAACUAUUGGUCAUGCAUUUUCGAAAUGCAGCACUAGUUGAUUUAUUGGCAACAAUGGAAGGAGAUUUUUUACGAGACCUGAGCACGAUACAAUACGCCGCAGUACUCAGAACUGCCAAGAUUGGUAGGAUAAUUUCUCUAUUCUUAAUAUUCAGCACCAACUGUAACGUCAUCGCCGGUGUUAUCGCGAUGAAAUUGUAUCAUUUGGAUAGUCUUUACAUAAAAAAUCCUGAUCCCCGCUUAUCACUGGAUUUUUUUUGGGUAUCGUAUUUCCCAUUCAGCACGAAAACUACAAUGACAUACAUGCUUGUACUGUCACUACAAUUUUAUGCGUCUGCUAUCACUGGUUUUUUCUUCAUCUUCGAUGGUUUCAUUGUAAUGCUUAUUCUUCAUGUUUGCGGACAACUGGAACUCAUUCAAAUUUCGUUGAAAAAUUUGAAUGAAGCUCUGACACUGACUAAACAAAAAACUUUAAAAAUGAUACUUGGAAACAUUAUGGAGCACCAUCACAGAACCAUACGAUUUGCCAACAAUAUUGAAGAAUCGUUCAGCUGGACGUGGUUCCUUGAAGUGGCCACGUGCACAGCGAUCCUCUGCUUUCUGGGAUAUAUAGUUCAAAAGCUCAUGCAUACGAAACAGUCCAGUAUCUUCCAAUUGUGUUUUCCAAUUUGCGUAGUCCUCGCUCUUCUCAUGAAGAUUUUCCUCAACUGUUGGGCUGGUGAAUACCUCAUAUCACAGAGUUCAGAAAUUGGAUACGCAUUCUAUCAAACUGAGUGGUAUAAGCUAUCGCCAGCAGAUGCUCGUUUACUGAUGAUGGUGGGUCAUAGCAAGACUCGACCUCUCACACUAACUGCGGCGAAAUUUUCAAUUUUAUCCUUCAAGCUCUUCAUGCAGAUAUUGAAAGCGUCAAUAAGCUACCUAUCAAUGCUGCUAGUAGUUACGGAUCAACCUGACUAAUAGUUCAAUGACUGUCCUAAUUUUCGAUAUAGCAGUGAAACGCUAAGAACACAAUAACAAACGAGGAUAAAACUUAU